AUGCCGGCUUCUCCUCCUCGUACUCGUAGUAUUAACAGGUCAAUCUGUACGGUCGCUUUGGACCGCACGUUUGAUGGGAUUUCGGAAGUUAGAAUUCCAUCUGAUUUUUCUUCCAACGUUGCCGAUAUAAUCGGUUCCUGCAAUGGCUUAUUGUGUCUCGUUGAUUACACUAAUAAUAUAUAUUUGUGGAACCAUAGCAUUAGAAAAUUCAAGAAGUUGCCUCGUACUUGCUUAAAAAACUUAAACUAUGCUACACUCGGAUUUGCUUAUCAUUCGCAGAAUAAUGAUUACAAGGUUGUCAGGAUUUCAUCUACUAGUUGGUUGCCAACCCUGCCUCUGCCUCUAUCUGAGAUUGAGGUGUACACAUUAAGUUCGGAUUCAUGGGGAAGGGUUGGAAUCGAUUUCACAACCAAUGGUGUGUUCUUUAACAAAAAUAAUCUUUUGACAACCCCAUUGGUUAGUGGAGCUUUACACUGGAUGGCAGUUAAGAGCGAAGGAGAAGAAAUUCGUGAUUGUGAAAUGAUUAUAUCAUUUGAUGUCAAUAGUGAGGAAUUCAGAAAGCUAGCACAGCCUCAUGGUUCUAUCGAUGACAACACCAUUAAUGAAUGUCUUGCAUCAUUCAAGGGGAAACUGGCUUUCAUUACAUAUGGACAUAGUGAACAACUUGGCUUUCAACACUCCAUAUGGGUGAUGAGGGAGUAUGGUGUGGUUGAGUCUUGGAAUAAACUUUUUGUUCUACCAUUUGAAACACCAUCUUAUUGCGUUGCCUUUACCGAGUAUGGUUCACUUCUGAUUUUUAUGGACUUGUGCACUGCAUUAGAGAAUGGUAAAUUUCAGUUUCUUUUAAUUGACACUGAAACUCGACAGGAGAAAAGGGAUCCAGAUAUCCAAUAUAUUUCAACUGUAGCUGCUUUCAUGGAGAGCCUUGUUUUACUUGAUGGAGCAAAUGUGGUGUCUUACUAA